GCAGCUUACACCACUAGUGACUACUGUGUGACUGUGUACACUAUUGUUACUAUCCUUCAGUUUUAGCCUGAGCAAAGAAGGUAACUGAAAAUGGCUUGGGAAGGAGGAUUCCAGCCAAAUGGCACAGAAGGCAAGAACUUCUACAUCCCUAUGUCCAAUAAAACUGGGGUUGUUAGAAAUCCUUUUGAAUACCAACAGUAUUAUAUGGCAGAUCCCAUCAUCUUCAAGCUUCAGGCUUUUUACAUGUUCUUCUUGUUGUGUACUGCAAUGCCCAUAAACGGUCUGACAUUGUAUGUAACGGCUACGAACAAGAAGCUCCGGCAACCUCUCAACUACAUCCUGGUCAACCUUGCUGUUGCUGGACUGCUCAUCUGCAUUUUCGGAUUCAUUGUUACGAUCACUUCUGGUCUCACCGGUUACUUCAUUCUCGGACCCACUUUCUGCGCUCUUGAGGGAUUCAUGGCCACACUUGGAGGUCAAGUUUCUCUAUGGUCCCUUGUAGUCCUGGCUGUUGAGAGAUACAUUGUUGUCUGCAAACCCAUGGGAAGCUUCAAGUUUGGUGGAAAUCAUGCAGGAGCUGGAGUGCUUUUCACUUGGAUCAUGGCUUUUUCAUGUGCUGGACCCCCACUGUUUGGCUGGUCCAGGUACAUUCCUGAGGGCUUGCAGUGCUCCUGUGGACCCGACUUUUACACUCAUGCUCCAGGCUUCAACAAUGAGUCAUAUGUUAUGUACAUGUUUGCCGUCCACUUUUUCACUCCCGUAACAACCAUUUUCUUCAGUUAUGGAUGCCUUGUGCUGACAGUCAAAGCUGCCGCAGCCAAGCAGCAGGAAUCAGAGUCCACCCAGAAGGCAGAGAGGGAAGUGACACGCAUGUGCUUCUUGAUGGUUAUGGGCUUCCUACUAGCUUGGGUGCCAUAUGCCUCUUUCGCUGGUUGGAUCUUCCUGAACAAGGGAGCUUACUUCUCCCCCCUGACAGCAGCUAUACCUGCCUUCUUUGCAAAGAGCUCAGCAUUGUACAACCCUAUUAUCUAUGUGCUGUUGAACAAACAGUUCCGUAAUUGCAUGCUGAGCGCUAUGGGAAUGGGUGGCAGUGUGGAUGAUGAGACCUCAGUCUCUGCCAGCAAGACAGAAGUGUCCUCUGUGUCCUAAGGGGAAAGACUGCAGAUUUAUGGAUAUGAUGAACGGACUCUGGAC